AUUAAACAGUAAAGUUUAUAUUAUCAACAACUGCAAUUAAAAUAUUCAUAUAUACCUCAUUACCUAAGAUGAUAGAAUGAAAAAUAGUUUAUUACACACUGUCGCCGACUGAUUACGCAAAAAUAUGGAUCGGUUGCAGAACCAUCUCACUUAGAGCGUUGACUGACAUUCCAUACAAUUGAUUUUCAAACAACAACGAGAAAAGGGAAAAAAUCAUAUCAUCCACUCUAUAUGAUAACGCAGCGAAUAUAUAGAAAACAAUACUUUUCAUCUCAUUCAAUAUUGGAAGAAAUGGUCCAUGACAAUAUUAUUAGAACAAGUGAAGUACGUUUGAACCUACAGUACUUGGGUGGUGUUGGUUAUGUACUUUUCAACAACCUGAAGAAGAAAGGAGAUCGUAUCAUAACGAUAAAUGGAAGAACUGGUGAAACUGAAACAGCAAGUUCCUUACUCACAAAAUGCAUUAGAACUUCCUUGCUACUCAAGAAGCAUGGCAUCAAGCACGGGGACGUCGUCACAGCUUUUUUCAAUAUCCAACUUAACUCAUGCGUGCCUUGUAUAGCAUCUUACUUCAUGGGUGCGAUUCCUUCAUUCAUGGACACGGCCAUCAAUGAACAAGAGAUCAUGCAUCAAAUAAAGCUAUGCCAGCCAAAAAUAAUUGUUACUUAUGAUGACCAAGAGGUAAUGGAUACACUAAGAAGGGUAUUAGAAAGUAUAGAACUAGACAUUGAUAUCAUAGUCCUGGAGAAAGAAAAAGCUUUCUUGGAAUUUCGAGAUGAGGAAUCCUCGUUUCAGCCAGUGUUUGUAGAAGACCUUCAGAAAACUGCUGCAAUAUUCUUCAGUAGUGGAUCCACUGGGUAUCCAAAAGCAAUAUGUCUGAGUCAUGUGUCCAUAUUUGAUGAAAUAUUGUUGAAAGGCAUCCCUAGAUCAGAAGAUGAGCCUAUGGUGAUACUGGGUUUCGACAACUACUACUGGUUAGUGGAGACAUGGAAACUAGUGGGAAUUGUGAAAGAUCAUGGCAUUAGGAUUAUCAGUCCCACGUUUGACAUCAAGGAAAUCUGGACGAUGAUCGAUAAGUAUAAGGUAACGAUGUUAUUCUUUGACGUGAAAGAAGUAAAGGAGCUGUACGGCUCGGAGCGGCCUGCGAACGUAAACGUAGACAGCGUCAGAGCCCUGUGUGUGGUCGGUGACAGAUUGCCAGUUCGAUACCAACGUGCCUUCAAGGAAAUGUUCCCCGGAGCUGACAUUCCUGUGAUCUACGGUCUAACAGAGACCGGAAUUUGUACACACUUUACCUACGGUAACCAGCGGCAUCUCCGAUUAAUGGAGCGGCAUCCGGAAAGCAUUGGCGUGCCUGUGGAGGGCAUUGGUGUUAUGAUGAAGGUAAACAGAGGCUUGCUUUCACCUUCCAACACCUUCCUACAGGGGUUUCAAUGAAAUAUUUAUUUCAGUGUAGGUAACAAAUUUCCGAGUUUGUGGUCCGGGGUUUACAAUCAGCACAUUCAACAUUUUUGCAAGUCGGACAAAAUUCGUCCCCCCAUUUUUCAGAAAUUAAUCAGAGCAUUGCUUUGGUCCCAUGAGAACUUUUGUUCAGAAAGGAGAUACACAUAUCAUACUGAAUUUUCUGCCCAUUAUUUUCCUACUUUUUGUUAUUUAUAUAUUGCACCCUUGCUACAAAAGUGACACAACUCAAAAAGUGUGAAUUUUGAGUUGUUACUAUCAAUCACAUGUGAAAAUAAUGGUUUACCUUCCAGCAAAAGAGUAAUAAAUUAUCUUUGUCCAUUGACCGCCAGAUGGCAUAUGUAUCGUUUUUGCAGAUUCCGUUUGUAUUAGUAUCUCCGGCUAAACAGAGAUAUUUUCAAUUGUACCCUGUCUUCAAUACAGUAAAGGAGUUACGUGAAUGCAUUCAAACCGUGUUAUUUUGAUUUGUGUCAUUUUUGAUGAAUAACGGUGAGUAUAGUUCUUCUAAUAUUUUGAAUUCAGUCAGUUAAGAGGAUAGAAAUCUGUAGUAAAAUUGGUUUUAUAUAAAGUUGUGUCACUUUAAUUGCUUAAAGUAACACAAAUGUUCAAAUAUAAUUUGAUUUAGGUCACUUUUGUUGUAAUAUGUUUUGAUUUAUGUCACUUUUGUUGUAACAAAUUUAACGAAACACUAACGAAUUAACUACGUAAGCCUUCCAACUUUUUGAUAAUUAUAUAACAUUGUAAUACUACCAAUCACCAGCCUCAAGAUGCAGUAAUGGCUUUGCCUCAAGAAAACUUCACGAUGGAGACCGUAACUCAAGAAUCUCUUCGGUCAGAAAACAUUUUCGAAGAGGCUACAAGCAACAGUCCUCAGCCUGGAUGGAACUAUUACACAGUGUCUUGUAAUAUAGAUCGUCCUACAGUUGUUCAUUUAAAAAGAAAAGAAAAAGUUCAACGAAGAGUACAGAAGAAGUUAUAAAUGGAAGCUUAGCAGAGAUAGAAGUUACAAAAGGCAAAAAAAUAAAACAGGAUGUUGGUAACUGGUCUUUAAAAAAACUAAAUUGUUAAGAAAUUCUGGAUAGCUAUUUUUUCUGGGUAUUGGGAACUUGCGCGUUUACAAAAACAAAGAGAAUUUAUAGUGAGGCAUACUGAAUCUAUAAAACCGAAAUACCGUUAUUCAUGUACGGAAAAUUAUAGACAAAUGAAUUCGGCAUUUUAUUUCAAUCUCAACGGAAAUCGCAUUAGGGUAUGCAAGAUGUUUUUUAAGCCCACCCUCAACAUUAACGAUCGUCCUAUUCGUACGGCUCUACAAAAACGAACCGAUGAGGGUUUUAUUAUCACUGAUCAAAGAGGAAAACAUGGUAAACAACCACAGGUGAAUCCCGAAAUUGAAGAUACCGUGAGAAAAUUUAUAAAUGCCAUACCCGGAAUUGAAUCGCAUUAUCUGAGGGCUCAAACUACUCGAGAAUAUAUUGAUAGUAGUAAAAACUUGUAUAGAGAUUAUAAAUAAGAUCGGAAAAGUUAACAACUUCCGUACGCCAAUUAUGUGAUGUUUAAUCGUAUUCAAUGCCGAAUAUAACAUUUCAUUUUAUAUACCCAAAAAAGAUCAGUGCGAUUUUUGCUUUUCCUAUACAAAUGCAGAUGAUGAAGGCAAACAAAAAUUGAUGGACAAGUACAAUCUCCACAUGAAAGGAAAGAAGCUGUUGCGUCUAGAGAAGGAAGGUGAUAAAAAAAUUACAAAUGGCUCAAUCGUCGCAGUUUAUGACCUAAAGGCAGUAAUACCGGUACCCAGAGGGCAGAUCUCCUCCUUCUAUUGUAAGACUAAACUGAAUUGUUACUAUUUUACUAUAAGCGAUUUAUAUGCAAAAAACGUCAAUUGCUACUUUUGGAAUGAGGCUGAAGGAAAACGUGGAGCGAUUGAAAUUGGAGGCUGCGUACUUUUUUACCUCAAACAGCUUGUUGAGAAAAGUAAGACUGCUCAACCUUUGGAUGUAAUAUUAUAUUCAGACAAUUGUUGUGGUCAGCAGAAGAAUAAUUAUUUAGUCACCGCCUACUCAUACGCGGUAAACAAACUGCCAAUCCGCAGUAUCACCCAUAAAUAUUUAAUAAAGGGGCAUUCUCAAAAUGAGCGGGAUAAUGUACAUAGUAUUAUUGAGAAGCAAAUUAUGAAAUAUCUCAAAUCUAGACCAAUUUACGUGCCUGAUGAGUAUGAAACACUAAUUGGAACAGGAAAAAAAAGUGGUUCCCCUUACAGAGUUCACCAGCUUACCUUUGAACAUUUCUACGAUUUAAAAGCGUUACAUGAACAGUGGCGAAAAAACUUUACGACAGAUACUGAAAAAGGAAAAGUUAGCUGCAAUGACAUUAAAAUACUUAAAGUGUGUAAGGAAUACUCGGAUACAUUCUUCUAUAAAACGUCCUAUGAACAAGAGGAAUUCAGAAAAGUCGAUAUGAAUAAUGUGAAAAACACUAGAUUCCAAGAGCAUAAUACAGACUCGGUUAGCUUAGUGCAAGCUUAUUCUCAUAAGGUUCCAUUGAGUAACUUAAAAAACAGCACUUACAGGAACUAGCUGAUAAGGGAACAAUUAAAAAAAUAUUAUCCUCUGUUUAUAAAAAUGUACUUAGGAUUUAAUUCAGUUCAAACCUUGUGAAGGAGUUUUUUAGUUAUGAAGACUGAAAAUUAUUUUAAUUUAAAUGCAAGCCUCUUAUUCUUCCUUAUUAUGAGUUUCUGUAUGUUGUGUUUUUCUUGUAUAAAAAUAGGAGUACCUGUUCAGUAUUUAGGGCCAAAUCAAUAUGUUUUCGAU